CCCCGCGCCCUUCGCGCCCUUCUCGCGCAUGCCGGAGAACUUCCUGCGCUCGCUGCGCCGCCGCUCGCUGCGCUCCAAGAAGGUCAAGACGCUGGUGCAGGAGAAGAGGAAGUCUGACUCGUUCGUCAACAGCCAGGAGUGGACGCUGUCGCGCAGCGUGCCGGACCUGCGGCUCGGCAUCGUGGGCUCGCUGUCGUCCGGCAAGUCGGCCCUGGUGCACCGCUACCUCACCGGCUCCUACAUGCAGGAGGAGUCCCCCGAGGGCGGCCGCUUCAAGAAGGAGAUCCUCGUGGACGGCACGUCGUACCUGCUGCUCAUCAGGGACGAGGGCGGCGCCCCGGAGAUGCAGUUCGCGGCGUGGGUGGACGCCGUCAUCUUCGUCUUCAGCCUCGAGAACGAGGCCUCCUUCAACGCCAUCUACAGCUACUACACCAAGAUGGCGCACUUUCGGAACUCGGCCGAAAUCCCGCUGAUUCUCGUCGGAACGCAAGAUGCCAUCAGCGAAAACAACCCACGAGUAAUUGACGACUCCAGAGCACGCAAGCUGGCUACUGAUCUGAAACGCUGUUCCUACUACGAGACCUGUGCUACGUAUGGCCUGAAUGUGGAGCGGGUCUUUCAAGAUGCUUGCCAGAAAAUUGUGCAUCAGCGUUUGUCAGCAUCAUCAUCCUGUCUGACCCCAAGCAACUCACGGCCAUCUACACCGCUGGGCAACUUUUCAUCUCCUCAAUCUGGAUCACAGGCCCAACCCAUCAAUGCACGAAUCAUUCAUCAAAACAUGCCAGUCACACCUACAAUAACCAACCCGGGAGCUUCAUCAAAUGGUCUGAAUACGAGCAGUUCAUCGGGUGGAUCUCCAGCUACGCACAGCCACCACACUCUUUCCCACAAGGAGGUGAUGAACAUGUCGCAGUCCAUUCCAUCAAGUCGCCAGGUGCACACUCUUUCAUCAGGCAUGAGGCAUCAUGACUCAAACAAACUAGAUUCCAUGCGCCCAGCUGAAGCUGAAAAGGCUGUAGGCUCAGCUGCACCACCAAUGGGUGCCGCUGCUGUUGAAAACAACAAUAUGCUGAUGGUGAAGUGCCUGGCUGCCCCUCCUCCAAGCACAGGUCACUCUGGUACAGGUUUUGACCCCUCUGUCAAAAUUGCUCCACCCCAAGGGUUUGAGAAUAUUGGUUCUCGAUUUGCACCUCCUCAAGGCUUUGACUCCCUCGGCAUGCCCUCCCAAGGCAAGGAUGGCAAAGACUUGCCCACUCCCAGUUCAACACCCACCACAUCAAGGAAGAGCAGGAGAAGAUCAAAUUUAUUCACACCUUCCAAAAAGGGUGAGGACAAACUACGCAAUGGGGAACUUGGAAGUGGAAGAGCGAUCCCAUUGAAGCAAGGAUACUUAUAUAAGCGUUCCAGCAAAGCUUUAAACAAAGAGUGGAAGAAAAAAUAUGUGACCCUUUGUGAUGAUGGAAAACUUACCUACCAUCCUAGCCUGCAUGAUUAUAUGGAUGAUGUUCAUGGAAAGGAGAUUUCCCUGCAGUAUGUGACAGUCAAGGUCCCUGGGCAGAAACCUAGAGGAUCCAAGACAAUCAACUCCAGCAAUGUUUCUGUUGGAAGCAAUGGUGUUAGUGAUGGUCUCAACAGCCUCACCAUAACAAGUUUUCAAGGCAAAGACAAACGACCCAUUGAUAAAGUGCAGUUGACUGGAUUUGAAAUGUUAAAAGAUUCAAAUAAUCGCAUGGUGCAGCCUCAAGGCAAUGAUGAAUCUUUGAACUUUUCUCUCAAUGGACACACAUUGAAUGCAUCUGAUGGAAAGAUGUCGGAGACUCCAAAUGUUAAGAAGAGACACAGGAGAAUGAAAAGUAGCAGUCUCAAGAAUACCGAUUGUGAUGAUUCAGAUGGUUAUGAAUUUUUUAUUGUCUCUCUUGACAACAAACAGUGGCAUUUUGAAGCUUCCAAUUCCGAGGAGCGUGAUGAGUGGGUCUCAGCUAUUGAGCAGCAAAUACUCAACUCAUUACAGGGCAAUGAAAUAAGCAAAUCAAGGUCUCGCUUACAUGGAGCUGUAGACACAACCUCUAUUCAACUCAUUCGGUCGAGAGUUCAUGGAAAUACGAAUUGUGUGGAUUGUGAUGCCCCAAAUCCAGACUGGGCAUCUCUUAACCUAGGAGUUUUGAUGUGUAUAGAGUGUUCAGGAAUCCACCGAAACCUGGGCUCUCACAUAUCCCGUGUUCGAUCUCUAGACCUGGAUGAGUGGCCGCAAGGUCAUUUGAGUGUAAUGUUGGCUUUGGGAAAUGCACUUGCUAAUGGUGUGUGGGAAGCUCGGGUUCCUCGUACAUGUGGCAUUCCCAAGCCCACUCCAAAUUCAAGUAGGGAAGAGAAAGAAAGAUGGAUUCGUGCCAAAUAUGAAGCCAAAGAGUUCCUUGCUCCACCCUCCCUUGGCAUACCUCUAGCACAACAAUUGAUUGAUGCAGUUUGUAGAGUCUCUAUGAAAUGCGUCUACACUCUUCUAACACAUUGCACUCCAGAGGAUGUGAACAGCACAGUGAGCCCUCGUGAUUUGCGCAACCCACUACACCUUGCAUGUGCCCUUGGCAAUGUUGCGAUUGCUCAACUUCUUAUCUGGAACAAUGCCAAUGUGAAAGCUGUGGAUCAAGAAGGCCAAACUUGCUUAUCUCUUGCCAGAGCAGCUGCUCGCCAGGCAUCUCCAGAUCCAAAUGUUGGUCACCUCAUAGAAUUGCUUCAGUCCAAUGGAGCCCCAGAGUUAUCCACCUCCACAGUUCCUCGCAGGCAGCCUAUUUCUUCACUUCCUCCUAAUUCCCUCGACACACUUCCCUCAAGUAUCAUAUGAAAUGGAAAAAUUGCUUAGCAGCAAAUUUUUUCGUGAUCAUUCUAACUCUUGAUUUGUGAUUUAGAAAAAUUGUUUGUUUUGUACAUAAUUAUGUAUAUUUAUUUCUUGAUAAUUUUGAUUGUCACAAUGUUAUAUUUUUACUGUGCAUGUCAGCUUCUAGUGAAUAGACAAUUGAUAUGCAUCUCAUAUCAAUUAUUGAAAAAAAUAUGUGGUAUAAUUUGACGUGCACAGUAAAACAAUGUGUAUUGUGGUGAUAGAUCGUGUGUAAAUCUAUCUUAACUUAAAAGUUUCUAUGAAACCUAAGAAGCUUUAUGAGUGAAGCUAGGUAAUACCAAAUAGGCUCUUUAAUUGUUCUGUAUAUUUGAUCUGACCCAGUGUUUUUAAUUUUUACUUGCCAACUUCGAAGCUAUAGUGCUAGUCAACAUUCCCCAUUAUAGCAUCUUAACGUAGAGCUUUCUUGUUAUUGUUAUUUUUUGUUGAUGUUUUAUCAUUUUUAUUGUGUAUAUGCAUUGUAUUCCAUUAAAAUAUGUCAUGGCCAUUUACCUUA